AAAACAUCAUGGAGUUCGAAUCUGACGUGUUACAAAUCCCAGACUACCGCCUCUCCCAGAAAGAGUUCCUUCUUGCGAACACUUCCGAGGCCAGUGCGCGGGCAGCCAUUUUUGAGGAGCUCGCAUCAGAAAUCACUGAGGCAAACAUGGGUCCUUACUACAAGUAUCUUCAUGAACAGUACAGUGAUUUCCCAUAUGUCGAGUCUGUGUACGAGAAAUUGAAUGCAGCCAAUGAGGAACAGCUUUCAGUGUUGCAGGCCAGAGUCAAGGAAGCUGAAAGUGACGAAGAAAGUGAAUUGGACGUUGUGCAAACCAACUUGAAGCUUGCCGAGUACUACACCACGAUCAUUGACCGCCAAAACGCCACUGAUACUUAUAAAAAGACCUUAGAAUUGACUUCCAACACCGGCUACAAAAUCGAUAUGUUGCUUACGCUCACGAGAGUUGAGUUCUUUUUCAAUGACUUCCACGAAGCUGCUAAAUAUUUGGAACAAAUCAAACAAUUGAGUGACAAGGGAGGUGAUUGGGAACGUCGGAAUCGGUUCAAGACAUACAACGGGCUCUACCUUAUGGCCACCAGAAACUUUGCCGAGGCGUCUGGGCUUUUGAUCGACUCUUUGGCGACCUUCACUUCUAGUGAGGUGUGCAGCUAUGAACAGAUUGCCCAUUAUGCCAUUGUCACCGGGGUUUUGUCUUUAAGCAGAACCGAGUUGAAAUCCAAGAUCAUCGACCUGCCAGAAAUAUUAUCCAUCUACUCGUCUGCGCCCGAGCUUGAGCCAUUGGUGAACUUGACCAACACCUUAUACACUUGCCAAUACAACUGUUUGUUCGAGUACUUGCUUCAAACUUACGACCAGUUACUUGUGCCCAACAAGUACCUUGCGCAACAUGCCAAUUAUUUCUUGCGGGAGUUGAGAUGCAAAGCCUACAGACAGUUGUUGGAGAGUUAUAAGCUGUUGUCCUUAAAGUCGAUGGCCCGUAACUUCAACAUCUCGGAAGAGUUCUUGGACAACGACUUGUGUAAGUUUAUCCCCAACAAGAAGCUCAACUGCACAAUCGACAAGGUCAAUGGGAUCAUUGAAACCACUCGUCCGGACAAUAAGAACAGUCAGUACCAUUUGUUGAUCAAGCAGGGUGACGGAUUGUUGACCAAAUUGCAGAAAUACGGAGCGGCGGUGAAGUUAAGCGGAGCUGAGCGUGUGGUCUAGACGACAUCCAAACGGAUAGAGUGGAGUUUGCAUAUAUCGCCAUAACCACAUAUAGAAACUAAUGUAAACCGAAA